AUGAAUUCAUAUUAUUAUUAUUCAAAAGUACAAUUGUUGAUAUCAAUUGCUUAUGUCUUCUUUGUUGUGUCAAUUGUAUCAAUCAAAUUAAUCAAACCUUUAAAUAAUUUAUUACUUUACGGAAAGACAUCAACCGCCACAACAACAACACCCAAUUCAUCACCUACUAAGAAGGUGAUCCAAUAUGUCAGUAACAGACUAACUGUUCCAAAAUCAUGGUUUACUCAUUUCUAUAUAACAUUAUUUAGUUUAUCGACCGUUAUUUAUAUCCAGCAACAAUUCAAUAUGAAUCAAGAUGGAAUCUCUCCUAAUCAGGUCAAUUAUAAGAAUUUAUCAAUAAUACAAAAGUUAUUAUGGAUACAAGGAUUGAGAAGAUUGGCUGAAUGUUUAACAAUCACCAACUUUUCAAAAACUGCGAGAAUGAAUUUCGCUCAUUAUUUUAUUGGUAUGGCUCAUUACAUAAUGGUUUCAAUGUCUUGCUAUUUGGGCUUAAUUGUUACAAAAUCCCAACAAGGGGACGCGUCUCCAUUGACACUUGCGGAUUAUUGUUUGAUUAUUUUAUUUAUCACUUCAUCCAUUCAACAAUUCUUCCAUCAUUACUAUUUAUCUACAUUGGUGAAGUAUACCAUGCCUAAGUUUAAAUUGGUUUCUUCACCUCAUUAUUUAAAUGAAAUACAAAUCUAUAUCAUUUUGUUUGGUUUGAGUGUGAAGAAUGGUUGGACUUUAACUUCAAUUAAUUUUUUGACGUGUUUGCUUUUUGUCACAGUUAAUUUGUCAAUGAGCUCACUUGAGACUUAUAAGUAUUAUCAACUCAAAUUUAAAGAUGAAUUCACAUUGCAAUGGGCCAUAUGUCCAGGAUUAUUGUAA